UACUACACUUGUUCGUCAGAGAUGGGUCUCUUCCUAUUCUUAAUCUCCGUCGUCGUCAUCCUCGUUGCCGUUACAACACCGGUCGUUAACUCCUGCCCGCCGUCUGAGCGAGCAGCACUUUUAGCCUUCAAAGCAGCAUUACAUGAGCCAUACUUGGGCAUCUUCAACUCUUGGUCGGGCAACGACUGUUGCCAAAACUGGUACGGCGUCAGCUGCGAUCCAACAACUCGUAGUGUCGCCGACAUAAACCUCCGUGGCGAGUCCGAAGAUCCCAUCUUCCAAAAAGCUGGUCGUACUGGCUUCAUGACAGGCACAAUCUCUCCAUCCAUUUGCAGUCUCAAUCACCUCACCAAUAUCGUCAUCGCCGACUGGAAAGGAAUCGACGGUCAGAUCCCUACCUGCAUCACCUCUAUUCCUUACCUCCGAAUCCUUGACCUCAUCGGAAACCGACUCACCGGUCCAAUUCCUUCCGAUAUUGGAAGGCUGAGUCGACUCACCGUACUCAACGUCGCUGAUAACCUCAUCUCCGGAGGGAUUCCGGCGUCGAUCGUCAACCUUCCCAGUUUAAUGCACCUCGACCUCCGAAACAAUCAUAUCUCCGGCGAGAUCCCUAGAGACUUCGGAAAGCUCACGAUGCUGAGCAGAGCGUUACUGAGUCGGAAUCAGAUACACGGACCGAUUCCGAGUUCGAUCUCUAAAAUCUACCGACUCGCCGAUUUAGAUCUGUCGGAGAACCAGAUCUCCGGACUGAUUCCGGAGCCGCUGGGGAGAAUGCAAGUUCUGUCGACGCUAAACCUAGACAGCAACCGAAUCUCGGGUAAGAUUCCGGCGAGUUUACUCGGAAGUUCAGGUAUAGGCAUACUAAACCUGAGCCGAAACUCGAUCGAAGGUUAUAUACCGGAUGCUUUCGGGCGCAGAUCGUACUUCACGGCUCUUGACCUGUCGUACAACAAAUUGAGGGGUCAGAUACCCAAGUCGAUAUCGUCGGCGGCGUAUAUAGGUCACUUGGAUCUCAGCUACAACCACCUGUGCGGCCGGAUUCCAGCGGGUUCACCGUUUGAUCAUCUUGAAGCGUCAUCGUUUGUUAGCAACGAUUGCCUUUGUGGAACUCCGCUCAAAGCUUGUUGAUGUUUGAUACGUUUCGCAACGUAACCACCUGGGCGCCAUAGCUAAGUUCUUCUGUAUUAAUUAACGGAUAUU